AAGGGUUUAGCCUACCCCGGCUCUGUUUGCCUUUCUGAAGGGACCAGUUUAGACGCAGGAUUCAGGCAGGUGCUGUGCCCCUGGACCAUAGUCGGCUGGAAGCAUUCUCUACAGUGAGGGUAUUCAUCUCAGGUAUUCAGCUAAUACUCUGCACAUCUCCAUAUUGGGUUGCACUGUUCCUAAAGGUCACAACUGUUACUCUCUACUGUGAUUCCUCAAUACAUGCUAUGUCUGACAAAGUGGAUGCUUCUGGAUUUAAAGGCUCAGUACAAAGCUAUGACGGGCACAGAGUACAAACCAGUGGCUGCCCUAAGCUCAGAGGACAAAAAGCACAUGGAAAAGGAGAACAAGUUUGAGAAGCAAAGCAAGCAAUCAAAGGAUGGAGAAGGGCCCAAGAAGAAGGAGACCUCCAAAGAUCAAGGGGCAAUUCUGCUGCUGGAGAAAGUCAAGGACCCAAAAAACAGACCAGCUAAGUUAAAGCCUUUGAUGUCCAUUUCUGUAUACUGACAGUCAGUGCUAUGGCGUUAUUCACUGUCACUUUCAUGCCCUCUUGGGUUUGACCCCAUUAGUCAAGAACUGUGCUUGCCUGGAUAAUCUAAAUGCUACUUGCCAAUAUGUUACUAGACUUGGUGCCUCUGCUGAAUGGCAGGGCUAAUAAACUAUUACCCCCUCUGGACAACAUAAACUACAAUUUGCAGCUUAAUGGGAGUUGCUGUUUGUAACAGUACUGUAUUAGAGAUAUCAAAAUUAGAUUGUCAGCUUCUUUGUAGACCACAAACUAAGAGGCAAUUUUAUUAAAAUUUGAGUCCGUGAAAAAACCCCAGCAGAUCUCAUCGUUUCAUUCAUUUUCAACAAGGCUAAACAAUUUUAACAUUUCUGGUGACUUUUCAAGGAUUUUCUUAAGAAUAUUCUCAAGUAUAGUCACAUUUUUUCUUUAAUCAUGAAAAAAACAUGAACUAGAAUUUUGAGCAAUCGGCCCCUUAAUGUACCGGGGGGUGGGUUGGGGGGUUCUUUGUAGAGAGCUAGGGAACUGUGCCAAGCAGAAAGGGUUGGCAGGGAUUCUUUUGGAGGAAGUAUAACUUGCCUAAGUUCCUAUCCAACAAUCAAUCCCAGCACUAAUGUGUAUUGUACCUUUAAGAGGAUAACUUUAGGAGCACAGUUAGCACAUCAGAAUCUCAUGUCUCCCUCUUUGUUUUUCCUGCACAUUGUACAGCAAGGUAAGCAUAUCCUUUGAGAGCUACUGAGUGUAGCAGAGUUGAAGGGUAUAGGGUGGGUUAUGGCAAUUUUAAAAUUGUUUAGAUUGACUGGGCAUUGCUUAUUUAUUAACGUUGGAGCCAAGUUGCCUCCAGCACAGUUACCGACAGCAAAAAACAAAAAGUACAGGUUACCUUCCAUUUACGUUACCAGGAUUCUGCAAGAGUGAUUGGACUCUGGGUGAUUUCAUGUCAUAUUGAAUUUUAUUGCAACAGGGAUUAAGAUCUGGAGCCAGGAGCACCUUCCAUGGGAGCCAAAUGCCUCUGUAUUCCCUUCAAACCUCUCAGUGAGCUGCAGCCCGGAGCCAAGUGCAUCUGCGAGAAGAACGCUGCCAAGUUCUACACACUAUUUGGACGCAGUUAUUAGUAGACAUGACCCUCUGCCCACUAUAAUAUGCUCUUUAUUUUUAAUAAGAAAAAAAAAGAUUCUCAAAAAAUCAAGAAAACAAAUAUCAGGACCCAUCCAUUGUGUAGUUUAACUGUUACUAUGGCUACAAAGCAAUGUUUUUUUCUGGAAACAUCCUUAAUAAAAUGUACUAUGAGUUUA